UCAUUGUGGUAGAUUCCAAUUCUUGAGGCUCUUCUUUCUUGGAACAAAUUUCAAUUGUUGCUCUCAUAUUCUCACUGUUCGAUCGGAUCACCAAGUUGGUGAUCUAAUUGCAUAUAUAUUUAAGUUUAACCGACUUAGUGCGAUUUUCCCCUUGCCUUUAUUGCAAGAAAGUGUCCGGGGUAUUGUGGUCAUAGGGAAAUAUAUAGGGCACUUGGCGGGGUUUGGAAAAGAAACAAGUCUGCCAGACCAAAAGAAACCCAUCGAGUCAGAAAAUAAUAGAAUCAUCCCACAAGUCAUUUAAAAACCAGUCGAGAGGGUAAAGGGCCAAACCAAAGACAACAUUGCCAAGGCAAGCUAUAACCAGAAAACCCCAAAAUUUCAGCCAAGAAAAGAAAGGAAUUCUCUCCUUCUCCCUACACAAAAAAUAACAGCUCUAUAUCUCCUCUCUCUCUCUCUCUCUCCUCUCUCCUCCCUUCCCAGUUCUUCAUUCUCUCUCUCUCACACACACAUAUUUCUCUCUCUAGAUGGCAGCAUUUUUCAGCAGAAUUUCCAUUUUCAAGAUUUUUCUUGCAUUUACUCUAUGUUUCUCAGAUAUUGGUUUUCUACAAGGAGCUACAUCACUUGGCAUCAACUAUGGCCAACUUGGCGACAAUUUACUUCCGCCAGAGAAAGUCCUGGACCUCUUGAGCUCCCUCAAGAUCACGAAAGUGCGAAUCUACGACACGAAUCCUCAAGUCCUCACGGCAUUUGCCAAUUCUGGCGUCGAGCUAAUGGUGACGAUCGAAAACGCAAUGUUAGGCCAGUUGAUGAACCCUCAAGCAGCCUUCCAAUGGGUUAGCUCCCACAUCAAGCCUUAUUUCCCAGCCACCAACAUCACCAGCAUUGCCGUAGGCAACGAGGUCUUCACAGAUGAUGACACAACAGUACUCUUAUCCAAUCUUGUCCCGGCCAUGGUCAGCAUCCAGACGGCACUAGCUCAGCUAGGCCUUGAUUCCUACAUUAAAAUCUCCACCCCUUGUUCUCUGGCGGUCCUCAAAGAAUCCUACCCGCCUUCAGCAGGGAGUUUCAAACCCGAGGUGGCUCAGGUCAUGACACAACUGUUACAGUUCUUGCAAAGCACAAAGGCACCUUUUUGGAUCAAUGCCUAUCCAUAUUUUGCAUACAAGGGUGAUCCAAACAGAGUCUCUUUGGACUAUGUACUAUUUAACGCCAACCAAGGGAUGGUCGACCCUUUCACCAAGCUACACUAUGACAACAUGUUGUAUGCACAAGUAGAUGCAGCCAUUUAUGCCAUGGCUAGGUUAGGGUUCAAUGGUAUUGAGGUCAAGGUUUCGGAAACGGGCUGGCCAUCCAGGGGGGACUCGAACGAAAUCGGUGCAACGCUACAGAAUGCUGCCACUUACAACAGGAAUCUGUUGAGAAGGCAGCUCCAGAAUGAAGGCACUCCUCUGAGGCCUAAAUUGAGGCUGGAGGUCUAUGUGUGCUUGUUCAAUGAGGAUAUGAAGCCCGGACCAACGUCAGAAAGGAACUACGGACUAUUUCAGCCGGAUGGGACUAUGGCUUACAAUGUUGGACUGUCUGCCAUAUCAACUAGUAGAACACCAACUUCAUCAUCAACAACAUCAGCUUCCAUUUCUGAUGUCUUUUCCUCUGCUACAAAGGCAGCAACCAUGGAAUAUCGUCAAAGCUGGGUGGGCUGGAUUACUGUUUGCAUGGUGACCUUCCAUGUUUUUAUGGGAAGGCCAUUUUAAGCAAAUGGGGGAGCUUAUGUAAAUAUCACAUUUUGGGGUGAGAAAAAAAAAAGAUUAAAUUCAAAAGCUCCUAUUCUUCAAAAACAAGACUACUUCAUCAGGCCAUGACCUUCAUCAACAUUGAGUUGUCAUGCAGCAGCUUAGUUAUUAGCUAGUAUUCUGUUAGAGGAGACACAAAGCCAUUAUUUGACUUUAGUAACUGUGACAAAGUCCUCAAGAUCAUCAUAUUGUAAAAACCAUUAUCCCUCAAUUUAAUUUCAAUGUCAUUGCUAUUUUUACAAAAA